AAGUGACCAGCAUGACCAUGCAUUAUCGAUGGACAGAGCGUGGCCGGCAGGACACUGCUGCCCGUAGCACGCCGGCGGACCUUUAUGCCUUGCUUCUUCGGUGACCAUGGCCCGGCCAAUUACGUGUGUGGACAUAGCUGGCUGUAUCAAUUGUGAAACACAAUUGCAUAUGUACAAAAUGUACCAGUAUUUACAUGUACAUGUGCAUGUACAUGUCCUGUGGACCAGUGGUCAAUAGUGCUCACGUCACGCCGCUAUGGACAUUCAGGACCCCGCUGCGCAUUAUUACUACGCGGCCUUGCUUCGGCCGUUGCGUAGGAUAUGAGUCAAGCGGAGCCGUUCCCGUCAGCAGAAAAGCCGAGAUGAAAUCAUGAAAUGGCCAAGAUAUCAGCACAUUUUGCAACCUAUUUGGUGGAAGUGAAUUUGCAUUUACCACCAUGUUGGAGUUUAUACGAGGAAACGUCAAGAGAGGAUUGAGCUACUGUUGAGUUUGUCAGAAUGUAUCAUACACGUUGUUGGUGAAAACAGCGAGCCAGCGAGGCGAAGGGAAAUUGGCUACCGGCCAGUGCCCUCUGAAAGUCGGCCCGCUGCAUGCUUGGGUCCAUCCCUUGUCCGGCACCUUUCAUUGUUAAUCCAACAGUGGACCGCGGUAUCAAUUCCCCUCUUCGCUGCUGAUUGUAAUUCAAAUGAUUGCGUGUGGGAUUCGCUUCCAUAUAUUGACUGCACCAAGAAAAGUGAAAGGACCCCCAAAUGGGGUGUCUCCUGAUCCCCUGCCGGCCCCAAACGUAGCAUAAAGUCAGGCGGGACAAUGAGGCGAAGACCCUGAGACGGAGGGCCUGAUGAAUAACUUGGUGUUAUUCCAACUCAACCGUGGAGGGAUUUAGUCCGGUUAUCGAUCCAGUGGUGGAUGAGCCAAUGAAUAGGAGAAUGGGGGUCGAUUGAUCAGAAGACGGCCUCUGGGAGUUGAGAAACAACUCGACCACAUCGCGGAAACAGACAACGGACCGUUAGUACCGUUAUUAUGUGGGGUUGUCUUUUUACAUGCAGCUAGAGUUAACCUUACUGGAUGUGGUACGGUGUACGCGGAACUUCACCGAGCGAGGGAUGGACUGUGCAUGCGGAUGUCCCAAACGGUAUGGCCCAAGCUGUUCCUGACGCAGAACUGGGGUGGAUCACCCCGGAUUUAGCGACUCUUGCCAUCACCAACACGACCGACCAGCUACCAACGGAUGCUGCUCUCUACGCGCCACCGUACCCGUUGUGGGCCAGCGUCUUGAUCGCUCUUCUCAUCGGGAUUAUUAUCAUCCUGAUCCUCUUCGGCAACGUCUUGGUGAUCCUGUCUGUCUGCUUGGAUCGUCGGCUCCGUAAGCCGCCCAACAUCCUCAUCAUCAACUUGGCCGUCUCCGAUAUGGCCGUGGCCGUGUUGGAUAUGCCGUUUGCGGCAGCUUUCGAGCUCAAGGGGGAGUGGGCGUGGGGCCCCGCCGUCUGUGACAUGUGGAUAUCUUGUGAUGUGGUGGUCUGUACAGCCUCCAUUAUGACCCUCUGUAUGAUCAGUGUGGAUCGCUACAUGGCCAUUACCAGGCCCCUGACAUACGUGAAUAAGCGUACCCCGCGCCUUAUGCUGAUCUUCAUACUAAUCGUGUGGGUCACCAGUGCCUUCAUAGGACUCCAACCGCUCUUCAUUUGGGGAGGCAACGAGCACGAGAACAAGACCUGCUUGGUAUCUCAGGACCCUUACUUCACGGUUGUUUCGACCUUCGGAGCGUUCUACCUCCCCCUGACGGUCAUGCUGCUGGUCUACGCUCAGAUUUACCGGGCAGCCCGCAAGAGCGAGAUGGCCGACCUGAAACAGAGACACCGCAGCGUUAUGCUCAAACUGGAAGUCGUGAAGCCCGAGCCGUGCACCACCACCAGUAACAGGAGUCAGUCUGUGGAUUCGACCGCGGCUCACUCCAGCAGCUCUUGCGAUGACAACAACACAACUAGCUCGCCUAGAUCCCAAGAGAGAAGACCCUCGGUGACCAGGGUGGCAGAAUUCCUCUUGGGACGGACCAGGUUUUCAUCGGGGUCCAUCAAACAGGGCCCGAGGCGGAUUUCACUCAAACGCGAGCGGAAGGCGGCCAAGACCCUCGGCGUCAUCAUGGGCGCUUUCAUCUUCUGCUGGCUGCCGUUCUUCAUCGUGGCUCUGGUGCGGCCUUACUGCAACUGCGAGAUCCCCCCGCUGCUCAACUCGUUCCUGCUCUUCCUGGGUUUCACCAACUCCCUCCUCAACCCCAUCAUCUACCCGUUCUUCAACAAGGACUUCGUGCCCACCUACCGCCGGAUGCUGAGCUGCCGUUGCCUCAGGAAGGACCCCGGCGGGAAUUUCUAUCGGCGACGGGUGACUUUCCGACAAGUGUCGCUUCCCAUGAACGGGCAUCACGACGACGAGGAGCUCAGCUCCGAUGAGGAUGACGAUGACGAGUCCGCCGGCCGGCAUCCGGGAAUGGUGCACUUUGCCCCCCACACCGAGACUGGGAAAAUGGUGACGGAACUGAACGGGAAUUUAGACAGGGAACUUGGCGAAGGCCGCCCGCACCAUCUCUGAAACUGCGGCACGAAAUCAAGAUUGGAUUAUAGAAUAUUGUAGUUGAAAUGGCAGGGCACAUUAAUAACUCGAAGGCAAUGGUGUCACAAUGUAAAGAAUAAUACACAUUCAUUAAACUGGGCCUAAGUUAUUCAAGAAGAUCAUGCAAAGCUUGAAUUUCCUCGUUUAAAUACCCUUGGAUAUUUCCAGAGAGCUUGAAAAGUUAAAGCAAUGUCUGAAUUGCGAAGCAGUUUUGUUCCGUAGCUUCCUGGCAAAUAAUAACCUACAGUGUUAUCAACAAAAACCCAACUUUUUAAAGGAUUGGUACAUACAUAUUGAGAUAGGAGACUAUUAUUUUCAUGUUCGACGUUUCUGGUGUUCUGAUAUUUGGUUCAGAAACAAAAAAGCCAUUACAUUUUCAAAAAAACUCAUCAAAUUGUUUGCUACUUUCAAAUUCACCAUUCGCCUGCUUUUAUUCAGUGGCUCCGGUGUAUUUGGCGCCUGGGCAGCAGAUGCCCUCGCCUCAUUACUUCGGACUUAUCUUCCCGAGGGGAAACAGACGAUCGAUUAAGACUCUUAAAGAAAAUCCGAAUCGGGAAUGCAGCUAAGGGUCUUACCCAUACAGAUCAACUAAAGCUGCGUGCUAUGUUUGCUUAUGUGUCGGGAUUAGCGCUUGGCCCACAAACGAACUGUCUUGUGAGCUAACAUGUUUCUGCUGGAAAUCGAUUAUAGGCCUAUCUAGUAUCUACGCAAUUUUGACUGACGUUACGGUUUGUCAAAUUUCCAUAUUUUUUUAGUUCUACAUAUGGAGCGGGAUUUGAUAUGGACUACGGACCAUGUUUUAAAAUCACUCAUACAUAUUUUUUAAUCACUCAUACACUGCCUUAAUGUAAUAGCCUAUGGUGAACAAAAUGUGUUUCAGAAAAACCAAGAUGGCGCCACCCUUGGAAACCAAGAUGGCGGCACGCUUGGAAACCAAGAUGGCUGCACCCUUGGAAACCAAUGUGCACACAGGUUUUGCUUAUUCUUACGAGAUCUACGCACUUUCUUAAUACCGUUUUUUUAUCCUACGAUGGUGUUUUUAAUUAUAAUACCUUACACCGUAGGGUUUGAGAUAAUUACACAGGACUGAUGUUAUGCACAAUUAUUGUUUCGUGUUGUAACAACGUUUAUACCCAGCAAGGGACGUGCAAUAUAGUUUUCUGAAUUAUGUUUACGCAUUGUCGAUUGAUUCUGUACACAUUACAACAACAACAACAACAGUAUUGAGCAGUAAGGUCGCUGCUUGGCAUUCUUUACAGUUUCUUGAAUAUGAAAGGGUAAUUUCACAGCAGCAGUUACUACUCUAUGCUUACAUAACCUUUAAUGUGUUGCAUUGUACGUUGGUUUUAGUGUCAUACAUGCUGGUGUUGGUGAUUAUAAUAUGUUGUCAUCCCUUAUGCACGGGUCUUCGUCUAUGUUACUUUGCAUACCGUUGAAAGGUACAAGGCCUAUACAACAUUUGCAAACAUUAAAAACUGCCAAUUUAUUAUGAAAUACCUUACUUGACUGUAAGUGAAUAAUAGUCUCUAGCAUCCUGUGAAUUAUAUGAAAUCAUGGCACCUGGUGUGCUGUCUUUUUUCGAGAAAAGUGGAAUUUUUGUAUCGGCCGACCAUUGUUGAAAAAAAAGCCGGACUGCUUUUAAACACUGCCCCCAAUGUACCAAAUGUACACCAUUUGUUUGUAAUCUGAACGGCUGCAAGCCAGCUAUAGUCUUGUUCCCUGACCUGUCAAUUCCCUGACGCUAUCAUUCAAAGGCUCCAUUUCGUCUGAUGGAGGGUCAGGGAACCAGACUACAAGAACAGCAUUGUUUUCUUGGGGUUUUUUUUCAAGCAUCUACGAACACGAAACUCAAGUUAAAGAGGUCAGUGUAAGAAUAUUUGCUAUAAAAUACUAACCCCCUAAAUUCAUCCAUUUCUGAAAAUUACAGGAAAAAAAGCAAACAUUGUAUAGGCCUAUUACCUUUUAAGACCAGGGUUUGGUCUCGUGGAACUGUUAAGCACAGAAAGUAUUUUGCUUACCAUCAACCGCAUAUUGGUUUGGUUUCACCUGAAUCAUGCUAAGCACGUACAUUCAUUUGCCAAGCACGAACCCCAAAUGAUCACAGAAACCGAAGUUAUCGGUGCUAAGCCAUUGAACACGGUGAGUCAAAAAAAAAGCGGAUCCCAAACCCAAAGAAAUAUAUUUCAUAUUUAAAAAAAUGUGUGGCACCAAAAAUAACUGUGACUGGUAUAAGCCAUUUUUAUAAACUACUUUUAUUAGACGAAAAAAAUUACCUCAAUUGCUCAAUCCCUUCAAAAUAAACGAAAUGACCCUGAAAUCUGUUUCGUCCAAAAAAAAUGCAAUUUCAAGAAUUGUCGUUAAAAUUGUCUCCAAACCUCACCAGCGAUAAUACCUCAGUUUAAAAGUUAAAAAUAGUCAACAAAGUCCUUUUGAAGGCCCGUCUUUUUAAAAUAGAAAUUGGAUUUUAUAAAUCCUAUUGUAAGCAAAAGCAGGGUUGUCAAUAAAGAUACAGUUAUGUAUUGUGUAGCCUACUAUACAGUUGUUGAAACAA